AGCAGCUGCAGGAGUUCAGAGCGUGAGUUUAAUCACAGUUGAGAGAAUGUUCAGAUAAUUACAGAGAGAAAUACAUUUAUUACCUUCAACUGCAGAACCGCGGCCUGUAGAACUCUAACCCGAACCGAACCGCGGGCUGUAGAACUGUAGCUGUAGUGAUGGCGAUGCUGAGCAGUAAAAGUGAUCAGGAGAUCGGCUGGAUGUUGGACGAUUACGGGAUAAAACAUGGUCCUGUAGUCGAAACGACCAGGACUCUGUAUGAGAAGAAGCUGAGAGAAGCCAUGGCUAAAGAGAGAAAAGUCAAACGUCCAUCAGAACGAACCUUUUACAGAGAAGAGGAGAAAGACCCCUACGUUCAUUAUCGCCGACCGUUGAGGCAGGAGGGGUACGGAGGUGAUUGGAGGACAAACCCAGGUCUGAAGUCUGAAUAUGAGGAACUGGACACUGUUGAUGAACCCACAGUCUUCAGGACACAAACCUCCUACAGAAACCUGACCCACCCCCCGAUGCACAGAUAUGAGACCCAGCGUGAGCCCACUCCAGAGAAAAGCCCGGGCAGGGUCAUCCCGCUCUGGCUGCAGAUCCUGCUGUUCCUGAUCGUGGUCUGUACCCUCGUAUUCGUCUUCAUGAAUAUGGAAGCUUCAGAGAACAGACCUUUCGGAAGACUGACGUAAAAAAAAAUCCAGUGUUUUUUUUAUUUUUUAAAUCGCAGUUUUAAAGUUUACUACAGAAAAAGUUUUAAGGUUGGAGUUUUUCAGGAAGCUGAAUGUGGAUGUUUAUAGUAUUUGAUCACUCUGAUCAAACAGUUUUAUUACACUGUAUUAAUUGGAGAAAAAAAACAAAAAAAAAACAAA